AAAUUCCAAAUACGCUCUAAAGGGUAUUUAUGUAAGUUUCGAAAGUGAAAGGGGUUUCAUCCACGAAGGUUAUAAGUAUCCAUUGAUGUCCAAGAGUUGUCGUCUUCCCCAACUUCAAAAGUCACUCUCCUGCGCAACCACUAGCUAUUUGCUUUUUGGGUCUUCAGAUUUUGUACUAGUACUCGAGGAGCGUGAUUGUUAGUGCUUGAUAAAAUGUCAGAACAAGAGGAAGAAAAUGCCGCUGAGCUAAAAAUUGGAGAAGAAUUUUUGAAGGCCAAGUGUUUGAUGAAUUGUGAAGUUGCUCUCAUUCUUGAUCGUAAAUUUGAUCAGCUUCAAGCAAUGUCUAGUGAUCCAAUGAGUCAAGUUUCUCAAGUGUUUGAGAAGUCGCAGCAGUAUGUCAAGCGCUUUAGCCGUUACAAAAAUGCUGAUGCUGUUAGACAAGUUCGAGAAAUCCUAAGUAGAUACCAGUUGGCUGAGUUUGAGCUUUGUGUACUUGGAAACUUGUGCCCUGAAACUGCAGAUGAAGCUAAAGCUAUGGUUCCGUCUAUUACGACCAAGGAAAGAGGUUGCACAGACGAAAAUAUCGAGAAGAUGUUGAAUGACCUUUCAUUGAUCAAAAAAUUUGAAUGAGAAGACCCUUUUUCUUUCUUUAUAUUUUAGCCAUCUGAACCGUGGAUUGAUGACAGAUCAAAUUCGGAUGUAAUAUUGAAGCAUGUAGUGACUCUCAAACCCCAUAUCCUAGUACUGUACAAAAGCUCAGAAGGCUCUAAAACUUGCCAGUCUUUUAUUUGGCUGUAGAUCACUGAAUAUCUGAUGUUAUAAAUAUCUGGUUAACAGUUGUUGGGGGAUGAAGCAGAUGACAAUAAUUUUUGUUUUU